GUAUCAUGGAGUGUGGUUGAAGCGAGUAAAUCACCUGCCUAAUUGGCGUUGGACGGGAUGGACAGUGAAGCUGGCGAACGAGCGGCGACAAUGGCUUGAAGGGAAGCAGACCGCUCUUGAUCGGAAGCUCGCUAGGCUCAAACUCGAGAGUGGGAAAACCGAGAAGUGA